AUGGCAAAUCUAGCACAGCAGGAGAGAGUAGCACCAGGAUCAAGGUCGUUUGGAUCCAGGAUCACAGGCUGCUUAAAAUCAGUCAAAAAAGCAGGAAAAAAGAUGGCCAGCGGGGUAUUUGCCAUUGUGACUGUGUGCCAGACAGACCAGUCUGGAGAAGAUGCAAAGGAAGAGCAGCAAUUUGCAAUUAUGCGAGCAAAAUACACUUCCUCUACCAGAGAGAUAGAGACAGCGCACAUUAGAGAAACAGAAAACAUUUCUAGUAUGAAAUCUGGUGAUUUUGGAGCCACAAAGACAGAAGAAGCUGCCAGCACAGGACAGCCCAGAAUAGUAUCAUCUAAAGAGCUAGCAGAAGCACUCAAGAAUGAAAAGAGCAAGAAAGAGAACGGCGCGCCCAGCAGCUCCAAAAAAGCGGCAGUUUCUGCUGAAGCUGUAGAAAAAAUAGUGCAAGAAAUAAUGGGAGGUAGAGCUACAACUUUGAAAAAGAAUAGAGCGAGUAAAAAAGACGAAAAAACACUUGAAGAGACAAUACGGUUUAUAAAAGACGUAGAAGCCAUUGUACAAGAUGAAUCUUUCAUGGCAGAUGCAUCGUUCACUCCCAUACUCCUCCUUUUCUACCUGAAGAAAGAACAAUACGCAAUUACGUGCGAGCUAGAGCUUGCUGAAAUUGUUUUCCAUGCUCCCGUGGAAGACAGUGCAGAAAAAACAAGCGAUCUGGAAGACGAAGUAAUUGAGUAUCUUGUUGCAGAGGGACUGGAGCCCACAAUAUGCAUAAGCUACUGGAUAUCCUGUAUAAACACGCUGGAGCAUGCAUACGGGUCCUUGUACAGAACAGUUUUAGGCUCUUUGCUGGACAGCACUAAAGCAGGCACAAGAACACAUAAAACCAUCGUAUUCUACAACGCUGUGCUGAAGGGCAUUAGGAACAUCGUAUCCGUAAAGCUCGCACAGAUGGAAAAGCUGGAAAACCCUGAGUUCAGAAAAUCAGAAAUAUUCACCGAUGCCGUGGAAAAGAUCAUGCUAUCAAAAAAAGUGAUUGAGUUCAUAACGCACACUGUGCCGUUUGACUUUGGAAACAGCAUGCAGAGCGCGUACACACUCGAUGAACAGGAAGAUGAAGAGAGCAGCACCCCUUCCAUUGAAGACAAAGAGUUUACAUCGAGUGAAGAUGACUGCAUCCCCGCAGAAGAAACAGAGAACAAAAACAACAGAGUUUUAAGAGAUGCCCUACACCCAGAAAAAAUAAGCCGCAAUUUAACUGAGGACAUGAUAGAGAGCCUCAACUACACUAUAAACUAUCUUGAAUACCAGGAGAUGCAGGACAUAGAGAACAAAGACGACAGCGAGUAUACAGUGGUCGUAGAGACAGAAGAAGAGGAGAGCGAUGAUAUUGUUGAGUCUAUGAUGGGAGUGGAUGAGAGAGUAGAAGUCAGUGAUAAUUUUAAGUCUUUCUAUGCAGGCAUUACCAAAGAGAUAGAAGGCUUAAAUGAAGAGCACUGCACCACAGAAGUGUCUGAGUGCAUAGAGCUCUGCCCUGCGAUCUUCCCACGUGAUGAAACCAUAGAGAGAGUUGGAAGCAGUGAGAUCACUGAAAUUAUAUUGGAAGAGCCACAGCCCCCCAGCAUUCAAGCUGCUGAAGAAGUGCUGGCUAGUGCUGAGACUAUAGAAGCCACUUUGGAAGACCCAGUGCCGCCCGCGUAUUCUGAAGAUGCCCAGGAAAGAGAAAAAAAGAAAGAAAGCGCUGAAGCUUCACCAGAGGUCGCACAGCUUUCUAAAGUGUUCAAUGAUCUAGAAGCAUCUCCUCUCUUCCAAAAGCAAAAAGAGAAGUACCACCAGCUGUAA